AGCAGUCUGUUUACAAUGGCGUCUCAGCAGGAGGACACGGACGAAUCAAAACCACACAAGAGAAAGCCGACAGAGGAGGGGGAAGUGCCACUGAGUGAGGAGGAAUUCGAAGGUUUUGACUCACAGAAAGCAGCAAAAGCAGGAUCACGAAGCAAGAAAAGAAAAGUAGAAGAGAAACAAAAGGAGGAUGAUCAAAAUGAGGUUGAGCAAAUUGUUGACAUGGAAUGUAAGAGACGCUGGAAGUGUCCAGUUAAAUUCCGUGUUCGUUGGCUUGGUUAUGGAGAGAAAGAUGACACGUGGCUACCUGCUUCAGAGCUAAGCUGUGAUGACCUUAUAAAUGAGUUUCUUGAAAUCUCUGGAAGAACAUCUGAAUACAAAAAUGCAAUGGCCCCAAAGAAGCGGCCAGAUGAGGACGAACAAAGAAUAAUUGAGACGUGGAAGACAAUUAGAGUCUCUUAUAGUGAGUUGGAUGAAGAUCAAAAGGAAGUCAUUCCUGCUGGAACAAGAUCUCGCAAAGUGAAAACAAAGGCUGAGAAAAAGGUUGUGAGACCACCACCUAAAAAGAAGCCGAGGGUUUUGGCCACUAGUCCCAAGGGAAAGGCUCAGAUACAAAGUGUCCCUCAAGAGUACGAGGUACAGUAA